UGGGGCCCUCCAGCGGAUCCCCCCGCUUCCUGGAUGCCUUCCUUUGGGUCGUGGGGUUGCAGCAGGCUGCGGGCCCUCCUCUGCCUGUUUGCCAGGUGCUCCGUGUGGGGCUGCGGCGAGAGCAGAGCAGGGCGGCCGCGCGCCGCAGAGGCGCCGGCGGCGGCAGGUGGCAGCGUGCAAUCACUCCUGCCUCCAGGGGUCCGACCUCCCUUCCUUCUCCGGGCCCAGCGGCCUCCCGGGUGUGCCGCGAGGACAGACAGACGGGGUCUGGGUGCAGGCCUCUGCAGGAGUGACAGGCAGCCCGGCGCCGGGGACGGCGGCCGCGGGGACGGCGCGCUCCUGGACACCGCCAGCCUCAAGAUGAGCGACCUGGACUCGGAGCUCGUGCCCUUGCCACCGCGGUACCGCUUCCGGGACCUGCUGCUGGGCGACCAGUCCUUCCAGAACGACGACAGGGUCCAGGUGGAGUUCUACGUCAACGAGAACACCUUCAAGGAGAGACUUAAGCUGUUCUUCAUCAAAAACCAAAGAUCCAGCCUGAGGAUCCGGCUGCUCAACUUCUCCCUGAAGCUGCUGACCUGCCUGCUCUACAUUGUCCGCGUCCUGCUGGACGACCCGGCCCUGGGGAUCGGAUGCUGGGGCUGCCCGAAGCAGAAUUACACCUUCAACGAGUCGUCCUCCGAGAUCAAUUGGGCCCCCAUCCUGUGGGUGGAGAGGAAGACGGCUCUGUGGGCCACUCAGGUCACCGUGGCCGCCGUCAGCUUCCUGGAGACCACGCUCCUCACUUACCUCAGCUACAAAGGCAACAUCUGGGAGCAGAUCUUCCGCGUGGCCUUCGUCCUGGAGAUGAUCAACACGCUGCCCUUCAUCAUCACGAUAUUCUGGCCGCCGCUGCGGAACCUGUUCAUCCCGGUGUUUCUGAACUGCUGGCUGGCCAAGCACGCCCUGGAGAACAUGAUUAACGACUUCCACCGAGCCAUCCUGCGCACCCAGUCGGCCAUGUUCAACCAGGUCCUCAUCCUCUUCUGCACCCUGCUGUGCCUGGUCUUCACGGGGACCUGCGGCAUCCAGCACCUGGAGCGCGCGGGCGGCAACCUGUCCCUGCUGACGUCCUUCUACUUCUGCAUCGUCACCUUCUCCACCGUGGGCUACGGAGAUGUGACGCCCAAGAUCUGGCCGUCCCAGCUGCUGGUGGCCAUCAUGAUCUGCGUGGCCCUCGUGGUGCUCCCGCUGCAGUUUGAGGAGCUCGUCUACCUGUGGAUGGAGCGGCAGAAGUCGGGGGGCAACUACAGCCGCCACCGGGCCCAGACGGAGAAGCACGUGAUCCUGUGUGUCAGUUCCCUCAAGAUCGACCUGCUCAUGGACUUUCUGAAUGAGUUCUACGCCCACCCCCGGCUGCAGGACUACUACGUCGUCAUCCUGUGCCCCACCGAGAUGGACAUCCAGGUCCGCAGGGUCCUGCAGAUCCCCCUGUGGUCCCAGCGGGUCAUCUACCUCCAGGGCUCCGCGCUCAAGGACCAGGACCUCAUGCGGGCCAAGAUGGACAACGGAGAGGCCUGCUUUAUCCUCAGCAGCCGGAACGAGGUGGACCGCACCGCAGCGGACCACCAGACCAUUCUGCGCGCCUGGGCCGUGAAGGACUUUGCCCCCAACUGCCCUCUCUACGUCCAGAUCCUCAAGCCUGAGAACAAGUUUCACGUCAAGUUCGCAGAGCACGUGGUGUGUGAGGAGGAAUGCAAGUACGCCAUGCUGGCCCUGAGCUGCAUCUGCCCGGCCACGCCCACGCUCAUCACGCUGCUGGUGCACACGUCCCGAGGCCAGGAAGGCCAGGACUCACCGGAGCAGUGGCAGCGCAUGUACGGACGCUGCUCGGGCAACGAGGUCUACCACAUCCGCAUGGGGGACAGCAAGUUCUUCCGCGAGUACGAGGGCAAGAGCUUCACCUACGCUGCCUUCCAUGCGCACAAGAAGUACGGCGUGUGUCUCAUCGGCCUGAAGCGGGAGGAGAGUAAGAGUAUCCUGCUGAACCCGGGGCCCCGGCACAUCCUGGCCGCCUCCGACACCUGCUUCUACAUCAACAUAACCAAGGAGGAGAACUCGGCCUUCAUCUUCAAGCAGGAGGAAAAGCAGAAGAAGAAGGGCUUCGCGGGGCAGGGGCUGUACGAGGGGUCGUCCCGCCUGCCCGUGCACAGCAUCAUCGCCUCCAUGGGGACAGUGGCCAUGGACCUCCAGAACACGGAGUGCCAGCCAGCACAGAGCGGCGGAGGCAGUGGGGGCAGCAAGCUGGCACUCCCCACGGAGAACGGCUCGGGCAGCCGGCGGCCCAGCAUCGCGCCCGUGCUGGAGGUGGCCGACAGCUCGACCCUGCUGCCCUGUGACCUGCUGAGUGACCAGUCGGAGGACGAGAUGACGCCGUCGGACGAGGAGGGGCUGUCUGUGGUGGAGUACGUGAAGGGCUACCCCCCCAACUCGCCCUACAUUGGCAGCUCCCCUACCCUGUGCCACCUCCUGCCCGUGAAAGCCCCCUUCUGCUGCCUGCGGCUGGACAAGGGCUGCAAGCACAACAGCUACGAGGAUGCCAAGGCCUACGGCUUCAAGAACAGGCUGAUCAUCGUGUCGGCGGAGACGGCGGGCAACGGGCUGUACAACUUCAUCGUGCCGCUCCGCGCCUACUACCGGCCCCGCAGAGAGCUCAACCCCAUCGUGCUGCUGCUGGACAACAGGCCUGACCACCACUUCCUGGAGGCCAUCUGCUGCUUCCCCAUGGUCUACUACAUGGAGGGCUCCGUGGACAACCUGGACAGCCUGCUGCAGUGCGGCAUCAUCUACGCCGACAACCUGGUGGUGGUGGACAAGGAGAGCACCAUGAGCGCCAAGGAGGACUACAUGGCCGACGCAAAGACCAUCGUCAACGUGCAGACCAUGUUCCGGCUCUUUCCCAGCCUCAGCAUCACCACGGAGCUCACCCACCCGUCCAACAUGCGGUUCAUGCAGUUCCGCGCCAAGGACAGCUACUCUCUGGCUCUUUCCAGGCUGGAGAAGAGGGAGCGGGAGAACGGCUCCAACCUGGCCUUCAUGUUCCGCCUGCCCUUCGCCGCCGGCCGCGUCUUCAGCAUCAGCAUGUUGGACACGCUGCUGUAUCAGUCCUUCGUGAAGGACUACAUGAUCCCCAUCACCAGGCUGCUCCUGGGGCUGGACACCACGCCGGGCUCCGGCUACCUCUGUGCCAUGAAGGUCACAGAGGACGACCUGUGGAUCCGCACCUACGGCCGCCUCUUCCAGAAGCUGUGCUCGUCCAGCGCCGAGAUCCCCAUCGGCAUCUACAGGACCGAGAGCCACGUCUUCUCCUCCUCGGAGCCUCACAACCUCAGGGCCCAGAUGAGGAAACUGAGUCGCACAGAGGAGGUGCCCCCCCCCAGCCCCAUGGCAAAGCCGGGACACGCAGGGCCCAGAGAGGUUGAGGGAGGUGCCCCUCUCACCAGCAAAUCAGAGACAGACCUAGAGCCAGCAGCUGGGACGGCUGAGUGGUUUGGGGCUGUGGCCCGGCACCCUCUGCCCAGCUGCAGAGGAAGGCACUGGCGUCCCUGGGCUGAGCUGCCCCCAGGGACUGUGACUGUCCUCCUCCCUGUCACCCCAGCUGCUCCGUGGGUCACCCCAUCCUCUGCCCGGCACCCCUCCCAACCCGUCCCAGCCCCUCCCCCGUCCCCUAUCUCCCUCCCCGUGCCCGGAUCCCCCUCCUCUCCUGGGCCCUCACCCCUCCUCCCCGGCCAGUCCCAGGUCUCGGUGAGCGUGGAGCACCACGAGGAAACCCGGGAGGCGCAGGGGCCCUGGGGCUCACGGGCAGGCACGGGUGGCGGCGGGCACACGGUGGGCGGCGGCUCGGCGGAGCGCCCUCUCCUGCGGCGCAAGAGCCUGCCGUGGGCACGGAGGCUGAGCCGCAAGGGCACCCGGCACACGGGGAAGGCGGCGGCCGAGGAGAUCAGCCAGCAGCGGCUCCGCCUGCACCAGCGGUCCGAGCGGCAGGAGCUCUCCGAGCUGGUCAAGAACCGCAUGAAGCAUCUGGGGCUGCCCACCACUGGCUACGAGGAUGUAGCAAAUUUAACAGCCAGUGAUGUCAUGAAUCGGGUAAACCUGGGAUAUUUGCAAGACGAGAUGAACGACCAACAGAACACCCUCUCCUAUGUGCUCAUCAACCCUCCACCGGACACGCGGCUGGAGCCCAACGACAUCGUGUAUCUCAUCCGCUCCGACCCCCUGGCCCACGUGGCCAGCAGCUCCCGGAGCCGGAAGAGCAGCUGCGGCAACAAGCUGGCUUCCUGCAACCCCGAGACGCGGGACGAGACGCAGUUCUGAGUGCCGUGUGGAGCCCUCCGGGCUGACCUCGUCCUGCCAGGGUCCGUGGGCCACGUGAUGCAUGAGUGCAGGGCCCCAACCCCCGCCUGCCGCCCAGCCCAGAGCUGCUCCCGGGACUGGGCCCGGUGAGGGCCGAGGCUGCCCCGGGCACUACCAGACGCUGGGGGGAAGCCUUUUUAACCUGUUUUUACAAAUCUAUACAAUCCCUGGCCCUUUGCACAAACGCACCGCAACUCGUGACCGGGUCUGGCCGCAGUGCAGGGACAGGAGCCAGGCUGGACCGCAGGGGACCGGGCCGGGGGCUCGCACCGGAGGAGAGCACACUGCAGCCCCUGAACUUGCCCGUUUCCACGGCCACGGCUGGCAUUGAUUCCUGGGCCUUGCCCACGGCUCUCAGCAAAGCCACGGGGCGGUGGGCCACCCCUGUCUGCCCUGUGGGUCCCCUGUGGUCUCACUUGUGAGGGUCUGGCCCAGAGUCGGGCCGCAAGGGUCUCCGGAACGGUGAGGCAGGCACGCGAAGGGAGCCUUUUCCAGAAGGAAAUGGAAAGCAGGAGGGUCCGCAGCGCGGCCGAGCCUCUGGCAGGGGCGGGGCAGGGGGGCUCCGGAGAGUUGCCAGCAGCCUGGGCUCGCUAGGAGGGAGGCGGGGCUGCCGUGAGACCCCACAGCGGCCCUGGACUUUGGGGAAGAGAAUCAGAUGACGGCCUUUUCCUCUGGUUUCACGCUGAACUUUCGCAGCCGCGCCAUCUGACCUCCUUUUACCACCUGACCUGAAGCACAAUUCAGCCGCUGGGCUGCUAGCAGGCCCAGCCUCCGCGCGGGACAUUCCUCCUCCUGAGGGAGGGACUCAGGGCGCCGCCGCGGCUCCCGUGUGACUCCCUCUGACAGGUUUUGCACGCUCAGUGCUGGAAACUUCUAUUAAACGGAUGCAUCCUACA